AUGGCCUCGAACGGGAGCAGCAGCACGGUGGUGGGCGAGAUGCAGAGCAGCUUGGACCGGGUGCGGCGCCAGCUCUCCUCCACCUCCACCCGCCACCUCCUCCAGGUACUCCCAGCGCUGCAAGAGCAUGGGUAUCCACUUUACAUGCAGACUCAGUUGGUACUACAGGCUCAUAAGGAGGCCGUGAAUUCAUUGGGUGAGAAUGGUCCUGCAAAAUUGGGAACAGUUGCAACUGUUGUGGCUGUAGCCAAUGCCACUGCAAUUGAAGCAACAAAGGAGGUAGAGGCUGCAAUGAAGGUUUCCCUGCGGGCAACUUUGGGCUCAACUACAAAUAAACUUACCAAAGGCCAAUUAGAUGAUCUCACAAUAAUGAUGGAGACCCUUCGAGUUAAAGACGACGAACUCCACCAAUUGUUGCAGGAUAUUCGUGCACGUGAUUCUACCAUCAAUGAAAUUGAAGAAAAGUUACAGGAGAUUGCAGAAGCAGCUGAAACUGCUGCUUCUGCAGCACGUUCAAUUGAUGAAGAGAGAAGAUUUUUUACGUCAGAACUUGAACGUUUUGCUUAG